AGACAAUGCCGCCUUCGACUGUACCUCCUGCCUUAAAUCGUGUUGUCGCCUAUUAUCAGACACAGUACAAUAAUAACAAGUACUGUUCCCCGACGCCAUUGACACCUGUCGUUACCCAUCUCAUCAUUGCUGCAUUUCACCUAUUUGCCGAUAAAGAUGGUACCAUGUUGAUCCACCUCAAUGACGUCUCCCCCGAGGACUCUUCCUUUACGCAGAUGUGGACUGACGUCGCACAAAUGCAGAAAAGCGGCGUCAAGGUCAUGGGCAUGUUGGGUGGAGCAGGUACAGGAUCGUAUGAAAGUCUGAGUAAGGACUUUGCCGAUUACUAUCAUCUGCUUUCGACGUGCAUAACAAACCACGGACUCGAUGGAUUCGAUCUCGACAUCGAAGAAACCGACAGCCUCGACAAUGUUGUAAAGCUCAUCCAGCAACUCAGGUCGGACUUUGGCGAAGAUUUCAUUAUCACCUUGGCCCCUGUAGCCAGCGCGCUCAAGGGCGGGGAGGAUCCUUUCAGUGGUAUCAACUACAGCGACCUUGAGAAGAAUUACGGCGAUGCCAUCGACUGGUAUAACGCUCAAUUCUACUCGGGCUACGGGUCGAUGAAGGAUACGACAGAUUACGACGCCAUCGUAACGGGUUGUCCCUUGGACCCAAGCAGGUUAGUAGCCAUCAUCCUCACGAACAAGGACAAUGGCACUGGGUGGGUGGAGUUGGAUACUGUGAAGUCAACGGUGCGGAAGUUAUUGCAGCAGUACAGUGGUCGCAAGUAUGCUGGUCGAUUCGGAGGGAUAGCAGGUUGGGAGUAUUUCAAUUCGGAGCCGGAUUUGAACGAGCCUUGGACAUGGGCAACGGUGAUGAAGGUGGCGAUGGUUAACUGGAAGGAGGUCCUUGCGUUGAAGUCCCCUGAUGCCACUAGCGAAUCUUCAACCACACAACGUGUCACAGAUGUCUCCGACGUACAGUCCCACUUUAACUGAGUUACGCACUUCUGUCAAGCUACCAAUAAAAUUUAACCUCUGGGCU